CUUAUCAAGUAUUAAAAUAGAGGAGGAAUAACUCAGCGAGGAGGGCCUGUCGACCAUCUACGCUAACCCUAGCGUUUCUGCUGCUACCGUCGCCAACGUCGCCGGCCGAUCAACUCUUCUUUGUCCUUGCCGCGGGCCGCCAUCUCCCUUUCCUGAAGAACUGGCACCCCCGGGAGUCUGUUGAAUUGGGUUCCUAUAUCGAUCGAUCGAUCGAUAUGGCAACUGAAUCAAAGACUAGUGCUGCCCGCAAAGUUGGUCCGAUGGUUCCUCCAGCUGAGAUUUUGCAUAAGGCUUCUCAAUUUAAACGCUGGGGCAGGAAAUAUCCCUUCCUUCGAUAUGGUCUUCCACUCAUUUCCCUUACAGUGUUGGGAUCUGUUGGUCUUGCGCAUCUCAUACAAGGCAGCAAAGAAGUAAUAAAAGAAAAAGAUGAUCUGGAGUGGGAGAUUAUCGAAACAACAAAAGCACUCACUCGAACCGGCCCCAAGGACAGCUACAAGCCUAGCAAGCUCUCUUUGGAGGAGGAGCUUAAGGCUCUGCAACAAAAGAUUGACAUCAGCAAUUAUGAGUACAAGAGAAUUCCCAGACCAAAUGAAGGGAAAGAUAGCAAGAAUUGAGUAAAACAAACAUGGUUCUACGGGCGGGAGAACUCAGGAGACUCUCCAUACCCACUGCAGUGUAGGUGCUGUACUUCUUCUGUCUUCCUUAUGAUCGCCUCUAUUGUGUUUGUGGUCUGCACAGAAUUGCGACAUCUUCUCGAGUCAUAUCUGUAUGAAUGAUACCAACCAUCUACUUAGAGGGACGACAUAUAUGCCUGCAUGAAGGAUUCCAGACGGGGCUCCGUCAGGUCCACCGUCUCAUCGUCCGAUGAGCGCCAACUCCGACCAUUUGAUGUCAGCAGGAUCAGCCUCUCCAUGUGCUCAGCUGAUACAGCCGGCUCCGGUUUUGCUUGGUGGUCACCGCAGGAGUCUCUUUCAACUGGCAUUGGCAAUGAACAUGGAUUAUGGCAUCUCCCGGAGACUGCUCGAUUUGGAUCCUUCCUUUCAACUGCAACUUCUGGAGUUUGACUUCCGCUGGUGCCGCGAAUGCUGUGAGAGUAUGAACUCUGAAUAGUGCAAAAGAGAACCAUUUAUAUGAACCUUUGGAAGUAAAGAAGAUCUACGUACACAGCUUUACCUUUGGAAGCAAGCAAAUAAAGGUGUUACAUAACAUGAACAUUGGUCAUAUAUCAACCAAUGUUCAGUGUGAUGUAGCCUGUUACAGAUAUUGCAAGUAAAUGCAUAAUCUGGUACUCUAUCAGCCAGGUAUCACAGUGAUCUAUCUAUUUAUCAAAAGUUGCUUAUAACUA